CUCGGCCUCGGACGCCGGGGGCGGGGCCACCCGGGCAUGAAGCGGGGGCGCGCGGCACUGCUACCUUAGAAGCCGCCACUACCAGGCGCCCGGCAGUAUCCACCGCCUCGGGUCGGCGCGCAGACCUCUACCUCUGGGGGAGCUCUGCCGCCGACUCGGUCCCCUACGGUCAUCGCUCGGGCCGCCCUCGGUUCCCGGCCCCUGAGGGGCCCGGCUGUCCGCGGAGGGGGGAGGCCAGCAUGAGCCGGGGGCUCCGCCGGGCCGGCGCCGGGCAGGGGGCGGCGGCCGCAGUGCAGCUGUUAGUCACCCUCAGCUUCCUUCCGAGCGUCGUCGAGGCCCAGGUGGCUGGAGUCCUGGAUGAUUGCUUGUGUGAUGUUGACAGCAUUGAUAACUUCAACAACUACAAGAUCUUCCCCAAAAUAAAAAAAUUGCAAGAACGAGACUAUUUCCGUUAUUACAAGGUUAAUCUGAAGCGACCAUGUCCUUUCUGGGCAGAAGAUGGCCAUUGUUCAAUAAAAGACUGCCAUGUGGAGCCCUGCCCAGAGAGUAAAAUUCCAGUUGGAAUAAAAGCUGGGCAUUCUAAUAAGUAUUCAAAAGUGGCAAAUAAUACCAAAGAAUUGGAAGACUGUGAGCAAGCUAAUAAGCUGGGAGCAGUUAACAGCACAUUGAGUAAUCAAAGCAAGGAAGCUUUCAUUGACUGGGCAAGAUAUGAUGAUUCACAGGAUCACUUUUGUGAACUCGAUGAUGAGAGAUCUCCUGCUGCCCAGUAUGUCGACCUUUUGCUGAACCCAGAGCGGUACACUGGCUACAAGGGGCCCUCUGCGUGGAGAGUGUGGAACAGCAUCUAUGAAGAAAACUGUUUCAAGCCUCGUUCUGUUUAUCGACCUUUAAAUCCUCUGGCACCCAGCCGAGGUGAAGAUGAUGGAGAAUCAUUCUACACAUGGCUAGAAGGUUUGUGUCUGGAGAAGAGAGUCUUCUAUAAGCUUAUGUCAGGACUUCAUGCCAGUAUCAAUUUACAUCUAUGUGCAAAUUAUCUUAUGGAAGAAACCUGGGGUAAACCGAGUUGGGGACCUAAUAUCAAAGAAUUUAAACGCCGCUUUGACCCCAUAGAAACCAAAGGAGAAGGUCCUAGACGGCUUAAGAAUCUCUACUUUUUAUACUUAAUUGAGCUGCGAGCGUUGUCAAAGGUGGCGCCCUAUUUUGAACGCUCCAUUGUGGAUCUUUACACUGGAAACAUGGAAGAAGAUGCUGACACCAAAACCCUUCUACUGAGUAUCUUUCAAGAUACAAAGUCCUUCCCCAUGCACUUUGAUGAGAAAUCCAUGUUUGCAGGUGACAAAAAGGGGGCCAAAUCAUUAAAGGAGGAAUUUCGAUUACAUUUCAAGAAUAUUUCUCAUAUUAUGGACUGUGUUGGAUGUGACAAAUGCAGAUUAUGGGGAAAACUACAGACUCAGGGUUUAGGAACUGCCUUGAAGAUACUAUUCUCUGAAAAAGAAAUCCAAAAGCUUCCAGAGAACAGUCCUUCUAAAGGCUUCCAACUCACACGGCAGGAAAUAGUGGCCCUUUUAAAUGCUUUUGGAAGGCUUUCUACAAGUAUAAGAGAGUUACAGAAUUUUAAAGUCUUAUUACAACACAGUAGGUGCCACUGUAUGUAAGAAAGGACAGCUCUUUUGGUCUGCAUCAGCAUUGCCUUCAGCUGGAAACUUGAGCACAGUUCACAGUACCCCUCCCAGCAGUUUUGGAAACUGAAAUACCUGAGGAAAGCGUAGCUGUUCACCAAAAGGCAGGUUAGGUACAUCAAAGCCCAACACAUAAAUCCAUGUUGCAUUAUCAGUAAUAUCUUUGGGCCCCGCUUUGAUUUUUAUGAACAGAAUUCCAAGUAAUUUGCUGCUGUAUCAUCAGACGCAAGAAAAUGUGAAUUAAAAGUACAUCUUUCUGCAA